CAGUCAUUGCGCGCUCGCACCUCCUCAGUUGGCGCGCACCUCCCGCAAGCGCGCUACCUGUGCGUGUGUCCGCGAGCGCUCCGUGGCCAUCGCCUCCGCGUGACACUUGGCGCUACUCUGAAUGGUGAAGGUGAGCGCCUUUGCGGCACGAUGCUGGGAACGGUGAAGAUGGAAGGACACGAAACGGCCGACUGGAGCAGCUACUACGGCGACGCGCAGGAGGUUUAUUCGUCUGUACAGAGCAGCACUAUGAAUACGGGACUCGGUUCUAUGAACAGUAUGAACAGUUACAUGGGUAUGUCCACCAGUGGAAAUAUGACGAGUGGCUCCUUCAAUAUGUCCUAUGCGAACCCUGGCCUUGGAGCCGCGCUCAGCCCCGGGACGAUGGCAGGAAUGCCAGCGAGUGCCACGAGCGCCAUCAACGGAAUGAGCAGUGGGGUCUCAGCGAUGGGUGCCACUCUUAGUCCCAGUAAUAUGAAUGCCAUGUCUGCUCAGCAAGCCUCCAUGAAUGCCUUAACUCCCUACUCAAGCAUGAGCCCCACCAUGAGCUCCAUGGCAUACGCACAGCCCAACCUGAACCGGGCAAGGGACACGAAAACGUUCCGAAGAAGCUACCCUCACGCCAAGCCGCCCUAUUCGUACAUAUCCCUCAUCACCAUGGCCAUCCAGCAGUCUCCGAGCAAGAUGCUCACCCUCAGUGAGAUAUACCAGUGGAUAAUGGACUUGUUCCCUUACUACCGUCAAAACCAGCAGAGGUGGCAGAACUCCAUAAGGCAUUCCUUGUCUUUCAACGACUGCUUUGUUAAAGUUUCCCGGUCUCCGGAUAAACCAGGGAAAGGCUCGUACUGGGCCCUGCACCCAGAUUCGGGGAAUAUGUUUGAGAAUGGCUGCUACCUGCGUCGGCAGAAGCGCUUCAAGUGUGACAAAAAGUUGUCUGCAAAUAAAGGCGAUGGAAGAAAAGAUCACCCGAGCAGCUCGGGCUCACCUGCUAAUGACAGUGCUAGUAGUAAGGGUGGCCAUCUGGACUCAAGCUCUAUCUCCAGUUCCAACCAGUCGUCCAGUCCUCACAGCAUGGACCACUCUAGCAGUACUGCAGCUUCAGAGUUGAAAAGCACUGGGCCCUCGGUGCACCCAGUGUCCAGCACAGCCACGGUCCUGUCAUCCAUCCCUUUGCCCCAGCACUCAAUGUCUCACGAGCCCCAGCUGCACCUCAAAGGAGACCCGCAUUACUCUUUCAACCACCCGUUUUCCAUCAACAAUCUAAUGUCUUCUUCAGAGCAGCAGCACAAACUGGACUUGAAGGCAUACGAGCAGGCUUUGCAGUACUCCUCCUAUGGGUCUGGUAUCUCCUCCAGCCUGCCCCUGGGUAGUGCCUCGGUGGCCGGGAGAGCUGCCAUGGACCCCUCCGCAAUAGAGCCUUCUUACUACCAAGGUGUGUAUUCCAGACCUGUUCUUAACACAUCCUAGUUUCUUAUGUCACUUCCAGCACACUUGAAGAGAGACUGAGAGAAAAGAUUUUAUUUUGCGUGCACUUGGUGCAUAACAGACUGUUACUUCAAUGUAUAAUCAUGUUUAUGUGUAAAAUAAAGUAUAAACUGUUGUGCCAUUUGAAUGAUUGUAUAUCCCCUUGGAAAUGAUUAAAUGUGUUUUGCUAGUGUAUUUAAAAUAAACUUUGAGCUCUGUAAAAUAAUGGUGUAUAAGCCCCAAAGCUGUAGUUACCACAAUAAAUGUCUCCGAUGUGUUACAGUGCGCAUGAAUGAAGGUCAAGGUUUUGUGGAAUGUAAAAAGAAAAAAAGUAAAAAAAUCUGAAAAAAAAAAACAAAUCUGUUUCAGACGUUCCAUUGAUAGAUGCUGUCAUUUUACUAAUUGUUUCGGUUUUGUUUUCAACUUUUGACAAAAUCAUAUAUA